AUGUUCGGGAAACCGGGGUGGCCAAACGGCCAAAGCCCGAAAAACGCGUACAGACAUCCGUCGCCGGUCGAUGACGCGUUAUCUUCGGACGGCGAACGGGCCGAGGGAAAAACCGAAACCCCCGGUGGCGGACGGCUUUCGGGAGAAUCGCCUCUUCUCCCGGGACGCCGGCCCGUGACACCGCCGGCCGUACGCAGAGAUUACCGGCGGACGACGGCGCGGGCCCGCGUCCGUCAGGUGCCGUCGACCGACGGCGCGUACAGUAGGCACCGUUCGCCGCAGCCGUACACUAAACGGCGCCCGCCCGCCCGUCCCGUAACAAAUGCACCGAGACCGUAG